UUACAAGUGGGGCAUAACUCAACUAUCUACAGAGACUCAUUUCUCCCCUCUUUCUUUCACUCCCCCACAUCUGCUUGCUUCCUGUCUGCUCUCCCCUAACUAAACAUCACCGGCCGGCGGCGAUGGGCAAUUGCUGCAGUGGUGAUGGUGGCGGCCAAUCUGCCAUCGGCGGAUCUUCUUCUCAUCCAAAUGCUAAUGUUCAUAACGACGCCGUCGAUGGUUUUCUUAAAUUUCGUGGCUACCAUGGCCUUUACACUGAGAUCGAGCUAUCCUUAUCUGCUUCAAACUUGCGUGAUCGAGACGUGCUUUCCAAGAGUGAUCCUAUGGCAGUUAUAUACACAAAAGGAAGGGAUGGUUCAUUACAAGAAAUUGGACGCACUGAAGUUGUCCUAAAUUCAUUAACUCCCCAAUGGAUUAAAAAAGUUAUCAUCACUUAUCAUUUUGAGAUGGUUCAAACACUUGUGUUCCGUGUGUAUGAUGUUGACACUCAGUUUCAUGGACUAGAAGAAAAGAUGCUUAAGUUGGAAGAACAGCAACUUCUGGGCGAGGGUACUUGCUUAUUAUCUGAGAUAGUAACCAGACAGAACCGCACAUUGCCCAUAGAUCUUAUGAAAAAAGUAGAAUCUACAAGCUCCACUCGUCCAAUGAAAUUAGGACAGCUCACAGUUCAUGCAGAAGAAUGUGCUGUCUCCAAAACUACAACAGAGUUGGUAUUUAGGUGCAUGGAUUUAGAAAACAAGGAACGCUUCUCCAAAAGUGACCCCUUUUUGGUAAUUUCUAAAUGUGUGGAGAGUGGACAUGCUGUUCCAAUUUGCAAAACAGAGGUCAUGCAAAAUGAUCUAAAUCCUAUGUGGAAACCUGUCUCCAUAAGUAUUUCACAAGUUGGAAGCAAGGAAACUCCGCUCAUUAUCGAGUGCUUUGACUUCAAUAGUAAUGGGAGGCAUGAAUUGCUUGGCAAAGUUCAGAAGUCACUUGUUCAGUUAGAAAACCUAUUUUCUAGUGGUGAGGGAGAGCAUUUAUUUGUACCCAUCAAUUUUGGGAAAGAACAUCAAACUAAGGUAUUGAAGAGUCGCCUCUUUGUGGACAAGUUUUCUGAAAGUGUCCAUCAUACUUUCCUGGAUUACUUGGAUAGUGGCUUUGAAAUGAACUUCAUGGUGGCUAUAGAUUUCACAGCUUCAAAUGGAAACCCUCGGUUGCCAGAUUCUUUACAUUAUAUCGACCAUUCUGGACGUCCAAAUGCAUACCAGAAGGCAAUCCUAGAGGUUGGGGAGGUACUCCAGUGUUAUGAUUCUGACAGGAAGUUUCAUGCAUGGGGCUUUGGAGCACGACCAAUCGAUGGCCCUGUCUCUCAUUGUUUCAACCUAAAUGGAAGCAGUGGGCACUCAGAGGUGGAAGGGAUCCAAGGAAUUAUGAAUGCAUAUGCAAGUGCGCUAUUUAAUGUGACACUUGCAGGGCCAACUCUAUUUGGACCUGUGAUUGCUGCUGCUGCAAUGAUAGCCAGCCAGGCUUUGGCAGCUAAUGAAAAGAAGUAUUUUGUUUUGUUAAUCAUCACGGAUGGAGUGAUAACAGAUCUACAAGAAACGAAAGAUGCCCUUGUGAGCGCGUCGGAUUUGCCACUCUCUAUUCUUAUUGUUGGGGUUGGUGGAGCCGACUAUAAGGAGAUGGAGGUUUUGGAUGCGGAUAAGGGAGAGAGACUUGAAAGUACAACGGGACGUGUUGCGACACGUGAUAUUGUCCAAUUUGUUCCAUUUAGAGACGUACAAGGUGGAGAAAUCUCUGUGGUUCAAUCGCUUUUGGAAGAACUACCCUCACAAUUCUUAACCUUCAUGAGAAACAGAGAUAUAAAACCCUACAACACCACAUGAUUUCAUACAAAUUUGUAUAUAUAUAUAUAUAUAUAUAUUUCUUUGUGCAAUUUUUAUUUUCAUCCUCUUGCUCCUUUCUUUAUCCUACUCAUGAUUAGGAUCGUGGGCAGGAAAAAAAAGGAGACAAGGACAUGAUGGAAUGUAUCACAUGGUUUUGAAAAGAUACAAUUUUCAUUUUUCAUGUUGUGUGCUUAGAACCAAUUAGCACAUGACAUGUGUGAUGGUUUGAGAAUUACAUGUGUGUUGCUGUUGAGCUAGUUGACCAUGCACAUGUGACAAAAAUGUAGAAACUUGUAUUUACGACUGGUGAACAGUGGGUUGAAAGUUGUGGAGACCUUGCUCUAUUGAAC